AUGGCCGCCCCCGCCUCUCAACCGGUCAGGUCCACCCUGUUGGACGGCAACCACGCCUUUCCACCUCUCUACGCUUGUUACCUCUUACGGAGCAAGACCAGGCCGAACGUAACUUACAUCGGAUCGUCCCCAGACCCGCCUAGGAGGCUGAGGCAGCAUAACGGGGAGAUCACGCAGGGUGCGGUAUCGACGAUGAAGUAUAGGCCUUGGGAGAUGCAGAUGAUCGUCUAUGGAUUUCCGAGCAAGUUGACGGCCCUACAGUUCGAAUGGGCUUGGCAGAAACCCGACCUAUCUCGACAUCUUAAACAACCCGUCCCAUCUCCCGCUACCACAAUCACAACGACCACCACCAGCUCUACCUCUACCUCUAAAGACCCCUCCACGAACCUUCACACCCCAGGACCUUCCGAACCAACACCAGUAGAAGCCCUCAAACCCAUCUUCCCGCGUAACGCCCUCAGAAACAGGGUAGAGACCAAGAUGGCCGUCGCUCGGACGAUGCUCACCCGAUCGCCUUUCCGGAGAUGGCCCUUGCACGUCAGGGUUUUCACUAGGGAAGCUUGGGAGAUCUGGGGCGGGUUCAAGGUUGUCGGUCAGGAGGAGGAGGAGGAAGCUGAGGUUUAUGAGGCGCAGGACAAGGGGAAAGGGAAAGGCAAGGGAAAGGCGGUCAGUGCCAAGGUGAAGAAACCCCCGGGCAAGAGAAAGACCUUAGCGGAGAAACGGACGUACGACCCUCUGCCCGAGGUAGCUACGGUCAUGCUCGACCUUGGCGGGGUGGAUGGACAAGCCCCGGGGAGGACGGAGGGGACGAAGGGGGUGACCAAGAUCGACGGGCCGAUCGAUGUGGAGGAUACCGAAUUUAGGGGGAUGGUUUGGGAUAAAUGGAAAGCUUUCAGAGAGGGAGCGGAGGGGAGCGGGGGGGAGUGUGCGGUUUGUGAGGAGGUGAUCGAGGAUGUUGAUGAUCAUCUGAACGUUGCAUUCUGCAUCUCGUUUGCAGGCUCAGAUGCGGGAAGAUCGAUAGCCAAAUGCUACUCUAUCGCCCACCUCCCAUGCUUAGCAAAACACUUCCUAGCGAACCCUGGUUCCGAGGAAUCUGUUACAGGCAACCUUGCGAACCCGAUCUUGCCCCAUACCGGCCAUUGCCCCCGGUGUAAUACUCGCUCAGAUUGGGGCGAGAUCAUCCGAGGUAUCUACGCUCGCAGGGAUGGAGAAAAGGAGAACGUCGAGUUGACGGAAAAGGCCCGGUUGAGGGAUAUGAAGGCGGCCGAACUGGCGGAAAAGUUGGCCGAGAGGAAACGCAAGGUGGACGAGGAGAAGGAGGUGAAACGGAGAAAGACGGAAGAGGCCAAAGAGGAGAGACGGCGGAUGAAGGAGAUGGAAAAGGCGGACAAGCCCAAGGUGAAACGGCGAGCCAAGUCCAAAGUCACCGAUUCCAGCGAGAGCGAGUAG